UAGAUCUUGACUAUUCUAUGCGAAUUUGGAGCGGGUUCAAAAUAUUGCACGCGUAUGGCAAUGUCCAUUAGUUUAAUUUUAGCAGCAAGUCUGCUGGUAAGCUUUUCUUGUUGCUCUAAGCUAAAUGUGCCAAGAGUUCUUCUUUCUUAUUCAUACGAUGUCCCGUCAAACUUUACUUUAAGAGUAAUUGAAGGUGGCUGCUAUCACUGGCGCAGCACUCGCGGGAAUGAUGUCCAUGUGCUGCCAGUCUUCACUGAAGAUGGCUGUGCCACGGAGGCUGUGGUGUCAGCGGUCACUCGGUCCGCUGCUAGACAAACUGCAAUUAUCCUGGCUGCUGAUGUGGCCACUGGCGAAAUCCUGCGGUGUGAUGUGAUCAUCGACAGCUUCAGCCGCCUGGAGAUAAUCACCACCACUCGAGAGUUGUACGUGGAGGAGGCGCCCGAGGAGUUUGAAGUCAGAGCCUAUGAUGACCAGGGCAAUGAGUUUUCUUCCUUGGAUGGCCUUAAAUUCAACUGGGUACUGGAAAAUGUUGCAGGGCAGCAGGGAGCUGUGCCGGCUCACUCAAUACUGCGUUUCAUGCGCUUCUCCGAGUCUCCAUACAAGACCCCGGAGACCAUCGGUGCCCUGGAGCAGCUGGGGCACCAGGGCUCUCAGGUGUUGGUGGAGGGCAGGCAGACGGGUGUAGCGCGACUGAAGGCCUCCAUCGCCCACCCCGCGUACCAGGCGCUGCAGCCUGCCGUGGUCACCCUGAUGGUGGUGGCUAACCUGCUGCUCGAGCCUCAGGACGUGUACGUCUUGCCAGACACCGCCGUCGUCUACGCCGUGUACCACCUCAAGCAGGGCAUGCUGCUGCCCGUGCCGCUCAAGACUUCUCAUUACUACCUGCAGGUAUCUGACCCCCUGAUCGGUGAGCUCCAAGGAGACGGCAUCUCUGUAGUGAGCCAGCAAGUCGGCCAGACCAAAGUUGUGCUCGAAGACAGCAACGUCAAAGCUUCAGGAAACAUCAAGCAGCCUAGCGCUAACUUCCACGUCGUGCAGCCUGGUUACCUCGUCAUUGAGAUUGAGCCCGGAAAUAAGCCUAGUCUAAUAAUUGGUAAACCAAGUGCAUUCCAUGUUCAUCUUCACGAUGAAAAAAAUAACAGGAUAUUUCUCUCCGACUCGAUAGUUAUCAAAACCAAUGUUCCGACUGAAUAUUUCUCGAAUGAAGAAGUUCGUCCGAACGGAACUUUUGUUGCUGGGCUCCCCGUCAAAGAAGGCAAGAUGACCGUAACUGCCAUGCUAGAUCAGUAUUCCCUGAGACAAGAAAUCGUGGCCAUCAGUCCGCCUAUCAAAGCAAGUCUCGAUGUGAUGAUAUAUGCUGCCUUAACUGUGUCCCCCAAGUACACACUUCUGCCCUGGGAUGAGGUGACUAGGCCACAGCACAGUCUGCAACUUGCCAUUAAGGGUCCACAGCACAGUCUGCAACUUUCCACUAAGGGUGGAUCUGGCCACGUCCUGUGGCACACAAAUGCACCCGAUGUCGCCACCGUUAGUAAAACAGGGUUGGUUUCCACUCAUGCGCUGGGAGAGGCGCUCCUUGCAGCCUCUAUGUUUGAGAACUCGGCCAACCGGGACUCUGCUGUGGUGGUCGUCAGGGAAGUCAUGGGACUCAACCUGGUGGAGGGCUACAGGGAAUUCUUGAUCAACGAGUCUCUCGUUAUUGGCAUUGCUGCUUUCACGUUGUUGCAAGACGAAGCUGGUGUGUUCUCAUCCUGUGAAAUGCUCACCUACAAGAUGUCGGACUUCAAUCCUGAUUUCUCGGCGUUAGCAAAGGUCAGACCUAAAGAACUGAAUGGUUCUUGUGCGUCACUUGAUGUGAUAGCUCAACGACCAGGAUUUUCAGGCGUGAAAGUUUCCUUCUUGAGUUCGGGAAGCCAGCAUUUAGCCGCGUCUACAACUAUAGGCUCCUUCAAACCCCUUACUGUUGUAAAACCUGAAUCUGGUAAGCUUGUUUUGGCCCUUGGAACUGGUUAUUUCAUCCACUUUGAAGGAGGGCCUUUGCCCUGGAUACACAAACCUUCUGGCCACUUUACUUACUUAGACGUCGCCAACGCUGAUUUGCUGCGCAGUCAUUUGGAUAUGAGCGGCCGAAGUGUGGGAUCUUACAAGAUUUAUGUCGACUGCCUUCAACUGGGGGAAACUAAAGUAACUUUGACGGUCGGUAACAAAGCAUCUAGCACUCUACCGUAUCCCAGAGAAAGCACGGCGAGUUCUUCUAUUUUGUGUGCAAGUCCGGAAAUUGUGCAGCUGGGCGUUGUCGGUGCAGAAGCGCUGCCCUGUCCCCUGCACCAGCACGGAUCUGCGGUUGCCAGUUGCCAGAGUUUGGUGCCGGUCAGCGUCACCGUGAGGGACGCUCAUGACAAUCGCCUGGACAAUAUUUCAUCUCUUGUGUUCAGCUGGAGCACCGAACAACCUCACCUCGUUACAUUUCAUGACGAUGGCGCUCUUGUAACAGACGCCUCGGGCGUCGUGUACGGAACGCUUGUUCCUCGCGGUCUUGAGGGCGAGCUCACUAUUAGCGUAGUUUUACUGAAUGAAGGAAUUAGUGCUUCUUUGAGGCUACGUCUCGUUACUCCUCCUGCACUUCUUCCCAAGCACUUAGUGCUCCACCAUCACCCCGGCAGUAGUGGAUAUCUGAGAGUCACUAAAGGAUCAGGGUACUUCGAGUUGCUCCCUGAUGACACCAAUGGAAUUGCUCGCUCAUCAACAUCUAAUCUUGAUUUAUCAAAGCGUCCUGACGCUGUUGCUACACUCUUCUACCAUUCGACCAAUAGCAGCAUUGUUGCCUUGGCCAAGGGUGUGGGAAGUCGCCUGGUCACCGUGAGGGACUUGUGCUUGUAUGAACAAUCAGACUCUCCGUCUGCUGUUGUGACUGUAGCCGUGCCCUCAGCUGUCACGUUGAUUGUGCCGGCUAUGGUGGAGCAAGGCAAUAGUGUGGAGGCCGUCUUACAGCUCAUCUCGAACGAAGGUUUUAUUGUUCCUAUCCUCCCAAACGUAAUGCAGUUCUCAGUCGUGGCUAAAGAAGAUUUGGUAUCUCUGGAAUAUUUGAGGUUAUCGCAACAGGGAGGAGCGGUUUAUAAAGUUACAGGCAUUACUCUUGGCGACACUUCCUUGCGAGGAACCAUUAAUAAUAUCGAGGUAAACGGUGGCAGUGGGGCAGACAAUCGCAGCAAUCGUCUGGUAUCUCCGUACGAACCUGUGAAAAUUUUCCUACCUUUGCGUUUGCGACCGCGACAUGUCACGUUGAUAGUGGGCGCCGAGUACCAAGUCCGGGCGUCUGGGGGUCCAGCAUCUACGAAAUUGUUGUACCAAAGCAGCAAUACGAGUGUCUGUGAAGUCAAUGCAGACUCUGGUGUUGUGUCUGCAGCCAUGAUCGGUACCACCACAAUAUCGGUCACCGCCAAGUUGUCUUCAACUUCUACAAGCAGUGAGCACCUGCUGCCGUGUGCCGACGUUGUUUAUGUUAGGGUGGUGCCGGUGAGUGCCAUUGAGAUUGUGGCUCCCACGUCGCACCUGGAGUCGGGCUCCUCCAUGCCCCUGUACGUCACAGCCUUGGCUGUGAAUGCGUCCCACAAUAUCUCUGACGACGACGUUCCUUCUUUGAUGAAACUGACGCCUCUGAACUUCGCCUCAGCAGAGCCUCCUCUCCUGUACCGCUGGAGCAACACUGACAGUGCAGUAGCUACUCUGGACCACGUGCUUGCAGCCAACGGCGUCGAGAGCAGAAAUGUCAACACCGCUGCGCUUGUGAUCAGAGCAGCCAAGCCCGGCGUCACUACCGUCAGUGUCGAAGUGUCUGUGCUCCACGCUGCAUCGUCUCCUUUAACUGCUCAAAUAAUAGACGAUUCAACAUUAACUGCAACUUUCACGUUAACUGUUUUUGAGCCCUUGUCGUUGACCUCGCCUUCUGCCAACCGGACUAAGCUCCUCAUGUCGCCUGGUUCUAUCUAUGCCCUUAAAAGCAACCGAGAUGACGACCGUGUUGUCAAGUUCACGUCAACUUCGGAGUGUCUCUCAAAGAACCAAGAAAAUCCAUCGUCCGAGGCCCAGCAGUUGAACUACAGCUCCCACGGCCCUACCAUUUCGCUGCACGACAACGUGGUUCAUGCGAGCAACGCCACGGGCACCGCCACUGUGAUGGUAUCUGCCCAGGAGACGCCUGAUGUGGUGCAGCAUGCGUCCGUGCUGGUUGAGGUGCGCGAUGUUUGUUACGUGCUUGUGUCGGCGCUGCCUGUCCUCGACAGCGUCCAUGGCAAGGUCGCCUACGUCGCCCUUGGCUCGGUAUUACCGCUGAGAAUUUCCUACCACGACUGCACUGGGCGUGAGUUUGAUGCCAUUAGUCACCACAACCUGGCUGUUGUCUCCAACCGAGAGGACCUGGUGGUGCACAAUCGGAGCCACCACGACGCCCUGGAGCUGCAGGUGCGGGGUGCAGGGCAGACCGUGCUGGCCGUCACGCUGCGGACUGCGAGGGCCAACGUCCUGCAGCACUUCUUCAGGAUCCCCUCCGCCUCCGCUCUCAUUCCUCACCAGACCUGCGUGGUGGCAGGGCAGCCUGUGUGCCUGAAGUCUGCGGUGCGCGGCGCUGCGGGGGACGUGGGGCGGUGGGCGGGCGGCGAGGGCGUCGCGGUGCUGCCCGCGGAGGGCGUGGCGCUGUCGCUGCUGCAGGGCGCCGCGUCCGUCGUCCUCAGCCUCGUCAGUGCCGCCCCCCAGCAGCACCUCAAGGGGCAGUUCACCGUCACGCCCAUUAAGCAGCUGACGUUACUGAAGUCCACGGAUGUCCUGAGCGACGGGUUCGUGGACGAUAUGAUCACCAUAGACGUCGCCUUGUCGGGAGACUGCGAAGCAAAUACUGCUGCUGGUGGCUGCUGGCCUGACACCCUGCCAUCGUCUGCCCUCCUGCAGCACCUGUCCUGCGAGCUGCAGGUCCCUGCGCCACCCGGCGCCCGCCCCAGCAACGUGUUCCUCGCGCACGCAAGUUACAUUCCGGGCCGCGGCUACGCUUGCAUCGUCCAAACGGCGACCGCUCCUGCGCCUUGGCUGCGCAAGCUGUACGCAAGUCGCUCUGACGUGAGCGUCUCUCUCGUGGUGGCCCUCAGUGCCAUCAGUGCUGACCAGCCCCCACUGAAGUCAGCGGCUCUGCUGCUGCCGUUCGUGCCUGGCGUGUCUCUGAACGGCAGCGGCUCAGUGGCGCUUAGCGCCUCGGCGCCCUCCGACGACUCCGUGGUCGUGGUGGGGCCACAAGAAGCCCUCGCGCUCUUGGUGAUAGAGAGCGACAUUAGGACCUUGAGUGCGAGGCUCAGUGAGCCGGUAGUCGGCUCCCAGGGAGGCUCUGAACGGCGCCUGACCGUCCAGGCCACCGGAGGACAUGGCGAAGAAGAGGUCCAGGCCUCCGUUAACAUCACCUCGCCCCUAACGCGGCAAACGCUACAGGUGCGCGUGUUGCUCGAGAGCUCAUUGGAAGGUGCGUGUGGUGCCCCGCAAGAGAUGCAUCUUCUAAUCACGCUGCUCACGACUCACCAGACGCAGCUGUUUGCGGUGCUCGCUGUGGUGCUCACCGCCGCUGCUGGGGCCGUGGGCUACCAAGCCUGGAGUGGCCCCGGCUACCGCAGCACCAACGCUGCGGUCUUCGCUAACUCCCCCGUCCUACCACCGUCCCCCCUGGCAGCCGCGUCCCCGUACCCGAGGAAUGCUUCCCCUCACCAUAUCAACGUCUCCCCUCACCGUUUCAACAUCAACCUCUGGAGCACCGACCCCGUCUAUGGGGCGCCCUCUCCCACGCACGAGUCAUUUAAGUCAUCACACAAGUGCUGUUCUGUGCUGUGUACAAGGAAGCAUUGUUAG